AUGGGUUCCAAAAAGAUGUCCUCUUCUCAGGGUGACGAUCAACCAUUGUCCGCGAGUGAUUUCCGGACUUAUAAUCUGUUAUCGGAUCGAAUGGAAGGAUUUCACAAUCAUUUCCGUUUAACGUGGAACCAGCUUUGGGAGGCAUGUGAAAGCUCUGGAAAACGGGGACUUUCAGCCCGCCAAAUGAUUACGAUGGGCCUUCAAUUCUGCUCGCAAUUGGAUUUCCAUCACUCUAUCGAAGAGCAACAUAUCUUCCCCGUGUUGGCGAAAAGAAUGCCUGAAUUUCGAAAGGAGCUCGAGCUACUGAGUCAACACAGACAGAUUCAUGCGGGACUUGAGAAACUUGAGAAGUAUCUUGAGCAGUGUCGGUCCGGUGAGGAAGAUUUGCGCCGCGACGAGGUGAAGCGGUUGAUGGAAGGCUUUGGCAAGGUUCUGUGGACUCAUUUGGAUCAAGAAGUUCAGACUCUUGGAGCUGCCAAUAUGCGCAAGUUCUGGUCUCUUGCUGAGAUGCGUCAGCUUCCUAUGUGA